AUGGCGCCUCUCACAAACUUGGCCGCUCUCCUCCUCGGCGCCGUAGCCGGCGCCGAGGCUGCCCAGGACUGGGACUCCUCGCUGUUCACCACGAGCCCUCCCGUCUACCCCUCGCCCAACAUGACCGGCAUCGACUCUGCCCAGCUGACCGGCUGGGCCGGCGCCCUGGAGAAGGCCGAGGCCUUUCUCGGCAACCUGACCCUCGAGGAGAAGGUCGUUCUGCUCACUGGUGCUCCCGGUCCCUGCGUUGGAAACAUCGCACCCAUUCCUCGCGUCGGCUUCAAGGGCCUCUGUCUGCAGGAUGGUCCUCUCGCCAUCCGCCAGGCCACCUACGCCAGCGCCUUCCCCGCCGGCCUGAGUGCUGCCGCCUCUUGGGACAGGACCCUCAUCAACGAGCGCGGCAGGCUCCUUGGUGAAGAGUUCCGUGGCAAGGGCUCCCAGAUCUUCCUUGGCCCCGUCGCCGGUCCUCUUGGCCGCAGCGCCAUGGCCGGCCGCAACUGGGAGGGCUUCUCGCCUGACCCCUACCUCACCGGCGUUGCCAUGGAGGAGACCAUUCUCGGCGUGCAGAGCACUGGUGUCCAGGCUACCGCCAAGCACUGGAUCGUGAACGAGCAGGAGACGCAGCGCAACCCUGUCGACGAGUUCGAUCCCGAGCACGUCCCCAACGAGCAGGAGCAGAUGUCCGUCUCGUCCAACGUCGACGACCGCACCAUCCACGAGCUCUAUGUCUGGCCCUUCGCCAACGCCGUCCGCGCUGGUGUCGCCAGUAUCAUGUGCAGCUACCAGCGCAUCAACGGCUCCUACGCUUGCCAGAACUCCAAGACGCUGAACGGCAUCUUGAAGACCGAGCUCGGCUUCCAGGGCUACGUCAUGUCUGACUGGAUGGGCACCCACAGCGGUGUCGCCUCCGUCGAGUCGGGUCUUGAUAUGACCAUGCCCGGUGCCUGGAACUGGCAGCCUCUCCUCGAGGGCGUUCCGUCUUGGUUCGGCGGCAACCUCACCAAGGCUGUCCAGAACGGCAGCAUUCCCGAGACCCGCGUGGACGACAUGGUCAAGCGUGUCCUCACUCCCUACUACCUCCUCGGUCAGGACGAGGGCUUCCCCGGUGUUGACCCUUCCAGCGGCGCCUACCCCGCCGUCAACGACUGGCAGCCCGAAAGCAACUGGUACGAUGACUGGAGCGCCGCAGGUGCUCUCAACAACGAGACCUCGGUCGAUGUCCGCGGCAACCACAGCGUGCACAUUCGCAAGCUCGGUGCUGCCGGCUCCGUCUUGUUGAAGAACACCGGCUCCCUUCCCCUCAAGAGCCCCAAGAACGUCGCCGUCCUCGGCAAUGCUGCCGCCGACCUCACCAACAGCUUGUACCCCCACGCCAACGACUACGAGUACGGCUGCCUGCCCGUCGGUGGCGGCUCCGGCACCGCCCGCUUCACUUCCGUCGUCAGCCCUCUCGAGGCCAUCAAGGCCCGCGUCGAGUCCGAGGACGGCAUCGUCCAGUACGUCCUGAACAACACGGCCCUCAUCACCCCCGGCACCUUGCCCUCCAACCUCUACCCCGCUCCGGACGUCUGCCUCGUCUUCCUCAAGACCUGGGCCUCCGAGGGCGAAGACCGCACCGACCUGCACGUCAACUGGGACGGCGACGAGGUCGUCACCCAGGUCGCGGCCAACUGCAGCAACACCGUCGUCAUCACCACCUCGGGCGGCCUCACGCUGAUGCCGUGGGCCGACAACGAGAACGUCACCGCCAUCAUCGCCGCCCACUUCCCCGGCGACCAGAUCGGCAACAGCAUCGUCGACGUGCUCUACGGCGACGUCAACCCCUCGGGCAAGCUGCCCUACACCAUCGCGUUCGAGGAGUCCGACUACGACUUCGCCAACAUCACCACCUCGGUCGCCGACGCCGUCGACACCAACGCCUGGCAGUCCGACUUCACCGAGCGCCUCCUCAUCGACUACCGCCACUUCGACUACUACAACAUCAGCGUCCAGUACGAAUUCGGCUUCGGCCUCUCCUACACCACCUUCAACCUCUCCUCCCUCUCCAUCACCCCCGCCUCUGACAACGCUUCCGUCGCCGGCGCCCCCGCCACCACCGCCGCCGCCACCCCCGGCGGCAACCCCGCCCUCUGGGACACCCUCUACACCGUCACCGCCACCGUCGCCAACACGGGCGCCCUCGCCGGCGCCGCCGUCCCCCAGCUGUACGUCGAGCUGCCCGCCGCCACCGCCGGCGAGGGCACCCCCGUCAAGCAGCUGCGCGGCUUCGACAAGGUCGAGCUCGCGGCGGGGGAGAGCAAAGAGGUGUCGUUCGCGCUGAUGCGCCGCGACGUGUCGGUUUGGGACGUCGUGUUGCAGGAGUGGAGCGUGCCCGAGGGCGAGUUUGGGGUCGUGGUUGGGUUUAGCAGUCGGGAUUUGGUGCUGAGGGGGAGCUUUACGGUUUGA